AUGGCGAUGCGCAAGAUACUGGCCCUCUCCUUCACCUUGGUGUCGCUGGCCUCCUCCAAGACGGUCAACUACCCCAACAGCUCUGCCGAUGUUAUCCUCGAUCGAGCCUUGAACGCCAUGGGCGGUGAGGGUGUCAUCGCACGCCUCGACGGAGUCACCUAUCACUCUCCAAACAUCUACCGCUCUCGAAGUCUCAUGCAGAGCUACAACAUGGACAGAGCCGAUACGGCCAUGGCUAUCUCUGGCGCUCAGAAUGUGUCUUUUAGCUUUGACUCGAAUGAGUUAACUCAGCGGAUUGACCGCAUCCUUAAGCCUUCCGAGUAUUGGUCUUGGGGAUCUCCCAGACUCGACGAGUUUAACCACUCGCUCGUCGUCCGCGGUGGAAAGAAUGGCUUUGCGUGCUAUGUUCGCGGCAACAACCAGAUCUGGCUACCCGCCGGCCUGACCUCUGGAUACACCGAUCCCGCCCUCGCCGAGUACCUUGUGCUCCAUGGAAACAUGCUCUCGCCCAAGCUCUUGCUUCAGGUCAAGGAGCACCGUGGCACCAAGGCCACCGAAGUCGAGGUCAAUGGGGUCAAGAUGCCUGCUGUCUACGACCCGGUGUUCGACAUCGCCGUCAUCUUCGACACUCGCACUCAUCUCCCCCACAUCGUCCGCACCAUCGAAGACCACAUGAUCUACGGCCCCUCGACCAGCGACCUCUACCUCAGCGACUACAAGGCCGUCAAGGGCAUCAAGUUCCCCCACCUCGUCCAGACCGUCUACAACUCGACCGCUGAGAAGCUCGACGCCACCCUCGAGGACUACAUUAUCGAGGAGAUCACCGUCAACCCCAAGUUCUCGCAAAACUUCUUCCAGGGGCUUCCGGACGGCAAGGGCUUCUUCCCCAAGGAUGCCCCCAAGAAGAUUGAGGGCAUCACGCAUGCGCGCAUUGGCGAGUUUAGCUUGAACGGACUCUGGGCAGGCAUCACAAAGUCUACUGUCGAUACCAUCAAGGGCGAGAAGCCUGUCCCCGGACUACCCAACGUACAUUGGAUCCUUCUCGAUCCCGAUCAGCUCGGAGUCAAGCAGUUCAUCAUCGAGUUCGAGGACCAUCUCAUUGUCGGAGACGCUCCUCCCCAGCAUACCAAGGAGGUGAUCAAGUGGAUCAUGAUGAACAUCAACAAGCCCAUCACGCACCUCUGGCCUACUCACCACCACCGAGACCACACCGGAGGCGCUGCUGAGUACGUCAAGCUUGGAGCCAAGCUGAUCGUCGCCGACGUCUCAGCCAAGUACUGGUCAAGUAUCCCAGGCGCCGAGCUCAUCACCUUCAACGAUACCCACCCUUACGUCCACAGCGACAGCAAGGCCCAGGCCUGGUUCAUUUGGGAGGAACAAGCCACUCACUCCGCCGACUGGACCUACGCCUUUGUCACCGAAAAGUGUCCUUCGAAGCGCUCUCCCGUCGCCGUGCUUGAGGCCGAUAUCUGGCACCCCGGCAUGCCCGACGGACAGAACGACCGCGAGCUGAUGAGAGAAUGGCUGAACCAAGUGGACAAGGACGGUCUCCCUGAGAAAUCAUAUGUUCUUCCAACCCACGGCCAGGUUCGCCCGAUCACCGAGCUCAUUGAGCACACCGGCUACAUGUAUGCGCCCAGGAAGAUUAGCGACUGGAGGGACGGUGGAGCCAUGUGCCAGAAGGCUUGA